AUGUUGGCUUCGCUUCUACUGGUGGGCCUGUAUAUGGGUCUGUAUCAAGCUGCGACCAGACUGACGAUGUUUUCCAGAAGAGAAGUUGCCAGCGGAAUUGUCAAUAAUGGAAUAAACGGCACAAAGCUACUGCAGGCGAGAAAUAUGAAAAAAAUGAAUUAUGAUUGUGCUUUGGAGGAAGAUGCUCAGAAGGUGGCUGAGUCGUGUACACUUACCCAAACAUCUGAAGAUAAGCGUCCACUGUAUGGGGAGAACAUAGCCGUGAUCGAACCCAAGGGCGCUACACUUAGCAAUGGAGAACUACUAGCCAAUGCGGCCGAUCAAUGGUUCACGGAAAUUUUGAGAAAUGGCAUGAAUAAAGAAACGCACUUUAUUCCUUAUUUCAGAGACAAGCCCAUUCCACCAUGGUCACAGAUGGUCUGGGCUGAAUCGAACAAGAUUGGCUGUGGCGUGAAAAACUGCUUUGGCGCUUUCUAUUUUGUUGUGUGUCGUUACUCGCCAAAAGGUAACGUUCUCUACGAGCACGUUUAUACCACAGGAACGCCGUGCACUCAAUGUGAUAGCGGAUGCUAUGAUGGCGUACUUUGCAAAUAA